UUGAAUAUUUGCAAUCAGCAAAGUUUGUGACGGCAUAGUCUUAACACGGCAAGAAGCGCACAUUGGAAAGUAUACAAAGUAAUACAUAAAUAGAGCAAAAAAAUGCCAAAUUCAUCGAGAUCUAGCUCGCUCUCUGAGUCUUCGAUUGAGACAAACGCAUCGAUUUCUUCAUCGGAAUUCAUGACGGCAAAUUCGGACGAAUCUAAUUCGGAAAUUUUGCCAUUUGCCGAUAAUAUUGAACCGCUUGCUUCGCCCGAUGAAAUUGCUGAGUACGAAGCUGCAGUCGCAGAAGAACGGCAGGUUGAGGACAUGCUGCAAGAUCGUUUUGAUGCCCGUGUUGAUGUUACUUCAUGGUGUGAAUGUGGCCAUUGUUCGUUGCAUCUUGUUGUCAACCAUCAAGAGUGCCGAUGCUGCAUGGGAAUAGAGCAAUGCCGUGGUAAAAUGUAUCAGUUCGAAGUCGAUGAAAGGAAAUGCAUUUUGGAUCAACCUGGCAUUAACGAAGUUUGCCUGAACGAAUUUGUUCUUCAAGCAGCUGAAAAAAAGCGCUCAGAUUAA